AUGGCAGUAAGCAAUCACACAACAGUGACUCACUUCAUCCUCUUGGGACUCACGGCUCGCCUGGAACUGGAGUUGCCACUCUUCAUGAUGAUCCUACUCAUCUAUGUUACGACCCUUGUGGGUAACAUUGGAAUAAUAUGCUUGAUCAGGGCCGACAUCCAACUUCAAACACCGAUGUACUUCUUCCUCAUUAACUUGUCAUUUGUGGAUCUCUGUUAUUCUUCAGUUUUUGCUCCAAGGAUGCUGGUAAACUUCUUAGUGCGGAGUAAGACUAUUUCUUUCUCUGCAUGUAUUGUCCAACACUUCUCAUUUGUUGUGUUCGUGACCACAGAGGGAUUCCUGCUGGCUGUCAUGGCCUAYGACCGCUAUGUAGCUAUUUGCAACCCACUACUUUACACUACACUUAUGCCCAAGAAAGUUUGCAUUUGGCUGGUGACUGGAUCAUAUUUAGGGGGCCUCUUUAACUCAUUGAUACAUACUUGUGGCUUACUGAAGUUGUCAUUCUGUGGACCUAAUAUCAUCAACCAUUACUUCUGUGAUACAAACCCAUURUUGAAACUUAAUUGCUCAGAUGGCCAUAUCAAUGAGAUUAUGCUCGUAACCCUCUCUGGGAUCAUAGCUAUGUCCACACUCUUAAUUGUCAUUGUCUCCUAUUUCUGCAUCUUCUUCUCAGUCCUAAGGAUGAGGUCCACAGGUAGGUUCAAAGCCCUGUCCACCUGCACCUCACAUCUGACAGCUGUAAGCCUCUUCUAUGGGCCCGUGAGUUUGAGUCACAUCCAGCCCAGGUCAAGAUACUCACUGGAACGAGAGAAAAUCUCUGCAAUAUGCUACACACUGCUUGUUCCUAUGCUGAAUCCAUUGAUCUACAGUCUCAGGAACAAGGAGGUGAAAAAUGCAAUUAGAAGGGUGAUGGAAAGGAAAAAAUGCUGCUCAUUGGCUCGUUCGUGA